ACACUAACCCAACCAUGGAGCAACUUUUUCGUCCCUACCGGAAUACUUCUUGGAUACGAAUAGCACAUCCAUUGCACCUUUUACGUUGUCGCGCUUAUUCUAUUAGUUUCUAAUAGUGAUCGCUGCAUCUCCUACUAUGUCUUUUAUAGACUUGUUCGAUUUCUACUCUACCAAACUCGGAGAAUACGACACUUCCCAGGAAAGCGCAACGCAAAUCAGGGGACUGCCCUCGACUCCAACCCGCGAAACUGUUUCGAAAGGGAUUGUAGAAGAUGGACCAAGUUCUGACUCUGUGGCCAAAAGACGUCGACAUGCCGUGUACAUGGAACGGCCUCCAGUCUGGCUUUUAAACCCGGAUCUGCCUUGCGACGACCAACAAUUGUCUGGUGGAGAUGGGGAUAUUUUAUGUGGACGCUGCGGAAAUUCAAUGAAGCAGAACCCCGGCGAAUGUUGUGCUGGCGUGUGUCUGAGGGAUUUCGCGCAGGAUACUGAUACCCGGGAUAUCGCUAUUGAGGGGUCGACGGAAGAACAGGAAGUCUUCAAACGGGAGUUGCUUUGUGAUAUAGCGGCCGCCGUGGCAGAAGCUCAAGCGAGUGAAGCUGGUUCGAAUUCAGACCCGGAAACGCCAUUGCUUGUGAGUGUUCUAUACUUUCAAGGCGCAGAUGGGGUGUUCUAAUACAACGCAAGAGCCCCUUUAGUGAGCCUACGAAGAGGCAAUGCGAUUACUUCUCUGCAGCAAAUGAUCAGUCGGAUUCAUCAAACUCUUCUAAGGAAGAUCUACCGAGUCGUCUACAGAGUCCUCUCCGGCAGAACAAGGCUGGCCUUUGUACUCGUCUGCACUCAUACAGGGAUAUACGCCUGGAAGUUGGUGAGAAAUGGGCUAUACAAGAAGGAUCACUGGUUGUCUGUGUCGAUCCGUCUUACACUCAGCUCAUUCGCCAA